AUCUACAGUUUAUAAAGAGAAGCAGGCAUCGGCAGGCACACAGUUAAAUUCUCGUAAAUAACUAAGCAACUAGCACUUUUCGACUUUUUCAAGUUAAAAAAGUAAAAAUCAAAUCAAACAAAAUGGUACGCCGUGGACGUUCUGCUAGCCCCCCACCAUCAGCCAGACGUAGUGCACCAGCGCCAGCACCUGCUCCGGUGCCCGCACGUGCCGCUGCACCACCACCGGCUCCCACGCCAAUGGCAGCGCCACCUAGCGCCGUUGGCAUGCCGGCACCACAACAACCAUCGAUGUUCCAACAGAUGGCGGCAACCGCUGGCGGCGUUGCUGUCGGCUCGGCGAUUGGUCACACUGUCGGUCAUGGCCUGACAUCGCUGUUCAGCGGCUCUGGGGAUAAGGAGGCCGCUGCCCCGGCUGCUGCUGCGCCAGCACCACAACAACAACAGUACUAUGCGCAGCCCGCGCAGGCCAAUGAACCGCAAGGCGCUUGCGCUUGGGAGAUCAAACAGUUCCUGCAAUGCGCUCAAGGUCAAUCGGAUUUGUCGCUCUGCGAGGGAUUCAAUGAGGCGUUGCGACAGUGCAAGGUGCAGCAUCAUCUGCAGUAAACAACAAUUAGCAAAUGACAACAAUACAACAACAUCAACAACACCACAUUAUGCUACUCUAAAAACACAAUGGCGAAAAUGUUGAGCUAGUGUUGUUUCUUUACUUUUUGUUUAUUUUUUUUCUGCAAUUAGUUUUACAUAUUCAUAUAUAAUUG